AUGUCGAGUCAGGAGCUUCUUCCAAUCGAUGUCUCGGGGGACGUGGGUGCUAGAAUCCUGAGUGUCGAUGGAGGAGGAGUACGGGGUCUUAUUCCUGUGCAAUUACUCAAAUUCUUAGAGCACCAGUUGCAGAAAUUGGAUGGGGAAGAUGCCAGACUAGCAGAUUAUUUCAAUAUAAUGGCAGGUACCAGCACUGGAGACCUUGAUAGCAAUGAACUUAGUCACUCGAGCAGUUCAUCAGGAUACAAGAAUAGUAACAAAAAGGAGCACCUUGACCACUUUGUUGUACUUUCUCUUGGAACGGGAUUAGAAGAGGGUAUUGAAUGGGGCGCAAAAAAGGCUGCCACAUGGGGAAGCUUGAAGUGGAUUACUCACGAUGGAAGAACCCCUCUCAUAGAAUCUAUCAUGAAUGCAAGUUCAGACAUGGUCAACAUUCAUACAGCUUUGAUGCUCCAUCAUGUCAAAGAAAACUAUCUUAGACUCCAGGAAUGGCAACUAAAAGGAAGCGAAGCAAAGAUGGACCUCAGUACGGAUGAGAACCUGAGGAAUCUUGUGAAGAAAGGCCAGGAACUAUUGGAUAAGCCUGUUAGAAGUUUAAAUUUGGAGACUGGGCGUCCUGAGACAGUGAAGAACGACUACACAAACAGGAUGGCAUUGACUAAAAUGGCUGAACGACUCUCCAAGGAGAAGAAGUUGAGGGAUAAACGGAGCGUAUCUUCUGCACUUUCUAUGAAUGGCCAUAGUGUUGGAAUAAACAUCUGA